UUUCGAUAAUUAUAAAAAUCAAAAUGUGUGUGAUUAAAUUUAAAUUUUGAAACCAAAUAAAUUUAAAAUUUCGGUAUUAUUUGGUUACUUCAGGAUUGCCAAUACAAAUCUUCAUUCUUGUUAUGGGAGUGUUAUGUCGUUGGCAUGCAGGAGGGCGGCCUUGUAGCACCAACGACGGCGGCCUUCCAAAGAUUAGAAAGUGCUAACUUUCUAAUCUCUGCUACACUACAGAAGUGUGUGAUUUCGAGCGUAUUGUCGUCCAAGAGUGAAAAUUCGGUGUUGUGUCGUUGCAAGUGCCCUAUAUUUUUAAUGGAAACAAAGUUUAUUGUCACACAUAAAAAGUACAACAGUUCGUGACACCCACUUCUUGUAAUUCGGAAAUCCUGUUAGCAUUUCGUUACAAAUACGCCUUAAGAAAUGGUAUCCCGUCGAAAGAUUUUAUCAAGGUCACGAGACGACCUCCAUAUGGACACUGUGUUUCAACCCCCUGACGAUGAAGAAGACGUUUGGUACCAAAAAGACAAACUCUACAGGGACCACAUACAAGAAGUGCUCAACAAAUGGACUCAAAUCGAUGACGAAAUAUGGGCUAAAGUGAUAGUAUUAGAGAGAAACAGAAGAGUAGCUAAAGCUUAUGCAAGGGCCCCAGUUCUCACAGUAAAUGACUCAGACGAUGGGUUUGAUGGUUUCAGAAUAGGGUUAUGUGGUUUUGAGAACCCUAUGAGAGACCAAAAGACAGGGGAAUAUAAGAGACACAUCGGACAUGGUGUUAAAAUAAAAAUGGAUGAUGCAGGUAAUAUUCUUAUAAAACGAGUAUCAAAGUGUAAUGUAUAUAUAAAAAACACAGCCCUAGAUACUGAGAAUGCUAUAGGAAAUGAAGUUUUGAAAUUACCUAAUUGUGCUUUAGAACCAGAAAAGCCUGUAAAGUUGUUCGAUAUGAAAAAAUUCCAGUCAAAUGUCAAUAGAGAGUUAAGAAGGGCUUAUCCAGAUCGUCGUCGUUUAGAAUGUCAGUGUCUGAGUGCAAUAGCUUUUGUUAAAGUGGAACCAGAAUUGUUAGAAUGUCCUAUAUGGGUGUUGAUAAUAAAUAUUGUAGCUUUGGACAUGUUAAAAUCAAAAUUACCUCCAGUCCAGAGAGUUAUGGAUAUCAAAAAUCGACCUAGAAUUCCAAUUCCAGAUGAGGAUCCUUAUAGUAUCGCUGCAACAGAUAGUGGGCACUUCGGGCCUUCAAAUUUCAUGGGAGGUGGUGUAGCUGCUACAAGAGAACACCUCAUAAUGCAGAGUCAGCGUAGAAGUGAUAAACCUCCAAAGUUACCACCCAGAGAGAACAUGUAUCCCCAUGAUAUUCCACAACCAGAUUAUGAUGACUAUAUGUCAGGAAGACAACUAAAAACAGUCACCUCUGCUAGAGAUAAAGAAAGACAGCCUCCAGAAAUUAAGAAAUUCGAAGAAGACCCUUACUACUGUGGUUUACGUACUAGACUUCCCAACUUCGUCCAAAGACGGAGUGAGAAACCACCUAAAUUACCGCCCAGAGAAAAUAUGUAUCCUGUCCCACAGGAUAUACCAUCUCCUGACUAUGAUGAAGGUGUGACAAAGAGCUGGUUGAAACCUUUUGGUUCUUCAAGAGGUAAAGAGAAGGCAAAGGACAGUAAGCAGUAUGAAGACCCUUACUAUUGUGGAAUGAGAGCUAGAGUGCCCAAUUUUGUAGCUAAAUUCAAAGGAAAGGAGUCUGUACCGAUGAAGAGGUUCAGCGUGAGUCAAGGAUCUCAGCAUUCCAAGUAAGAAACAAGUUUUAUAUAUUUUUGUACCAACUAAGAAUUACUUUGGACAUUUGAUUUUCAUAUUGAAAUAACAGUUUUAAAAGCCGCAAAAUUUGAAUUGUGACCAUAUCAAACAAUAUGGCUUCAACUAAAAAUUAUAAGCUUCUAGACCUUGGACCCACAAAAAAAUUAUUACCUCUCAUGAGACUUUUUUUAUUCAGUUAUUCAUGUCGAGUUAGACAACUUUUCUAAUAGGGACAAUUUUCAGGAGAGGGGUGUUUCGUAAAUACAGUGGAACCCCGAUAAGUCGACCCCCGAUAACCCGGAAGUCCGGCUAACCCGGACCGAUUUUCAUCAGACAAAAUAAACAUUUUUUCACUUUGACUGAGUUUUUUACCAAGAAAUAAACAAUACUGUAUACAACUGUACGUAAUUUAGAUGUACUGUGCAUUAUGUAUUUCAGGUUUUUGCAAUUAUAACAUGUAUUUGUUUAUUAUUUAUAUGUAUUUUAUUAAUUUUUACAUUAUUCUCUGGCUAACCCAUAUUUUUGCUGGCCGCGGUCCCGAUUAAUCUGCCUUAUCGAGGUUCCACUGUAUAGCGGUUUUCAAACUUUGGUGCGUCCGUCAGCUGUAGUAAUCUAAACAGUAUUUUUAUUAUCAACUAUUUUCAAUGGGAAAUAAGCCACAAUUUCAUCAAAAAAUGACUUUUUUAACGUUUCGACACCCAAGUCGGAUGUUGUUGUCAUCGUAUUUUUAUUAAAGAGUCCUACAAAAAAAUCACUGUUUAUGACUAUCAUAACGAGUCAUAAAA